AUGAUUAUUUCUGGCUUACAACAGGUUGCUGACGAGCUUUCCGUUCCCAGGGGUGCCAAGGUAAAGGCAAUUUAUCGUGAGGAUGAUUGGAUCUAUGUCCAUGCAUCCGACGGAAAGCGUGGAUUUGUACCAGAAGCAUAUUGUCGACUAAAUGUCGACUCGCCUAAUGGUAAGUCAUUUUGA